CACAAAGCAACACGUUCGUAAUAUGAUGAGUUUCGAGAGGCAUUUCUAAAUUAUCCGUCAAAGGGUUCAUAUCGAUUCUGUUAAACAAGAACAAUGACAAUUUGCACUGAAACAGUGAAAAAGAAAUUGUCUUUUCUAUCGAUAAUACUGCCUUACGGCGUUGUCGAGUCGUGGGAUAAUCUCGAUCCCGGACUGUAUCACGCAGUACACAUUUACUGGCUCAGAUUCUAUGGCAUGUGGUACAACAACUUUUCGUGGAAAACUAUAUAUUUUUGGGCUCAGAUGAUGUACACUCUGUCCGUCUUAUGGCUCGUGUGUUUUUUUCCCGGCAUCGGAGAAGUCGUUUAUUUACUGAAGCGGAGAGAAAAUAUUGGAAACGUCGCUGAAGGAUUGUAUUUAUUCCUCAGUGAAAUGUACACUUAUGUCAAAGUGGUCGUGUUUUGGUUCAACAAAAAGAAAGUUGUAAAUCUGCUUGAAUUUUUGCAUUGCAAAGAAUUCAAGGCAAAGGAGAUGGAGCACAGAGAGAUUAUACAUAAAAGUAUUAAGAGGGCACGUUUCGUCAUGACAUUCUACUCUACAAUGUGCGUCGGAGCGGUCUCGGUUGGGAUUGUAAUGCCUUUAACGGAGAACUUUAAUAUUUUACCUACAAAUGUGGAGUACCCACAUUUCAAUGUUUACAAUUCAUCAACGUAUGUGGCCAUAUACUUACAUCACAUUUAUUACAAGCCAGCAACCUGCAUAAUCGACGCUGUUAUGGAUACAAUGCUGGCCGCUUUUGUUGCUUCUGCCAUUGGCCAAAUAGAAAUAUUAACGUUUAAUCUCCGUAAUUUCGACGUUGUUGCGGAAAGGCGACGCAAAAAGGCCAUUAAAGAUAAUAAAUACAUUGGACUGCAAAAUAACAACAAUUAUUUUAUGAAAUGUAUUUUGAAGGAAUGCAUUGUUCAUCAUAACCACAUCAUGCGAUACGUAUCAAUGAUUGAGAACGCUUUCAGUUUGGCAUCUGCAUUACAAUUCAUGUUGAGCGUUAUGGUACUCUGUUUGAUCGGGAUACAAUUUUUAUCGAUUGAAAACCCAAGCGGGCAUCCUAUGCAGAUGGUGUGGAUGGCGAUAUAUUUAACUUGUAUGUUGGUCGAAGUUUUCAUAUUAUGCUGGUUUGGAAACGAGUUGAUUUGGAAGAGCACGGGUCUUCGCCAAGCUGCCUUUGAUGCUCCGUGGUUGGCCACUGAUCCCAAAAAUGCCAAAUACAUCACACUUUUCAUGGAACGCUGCAAGCGACCAAUGAAGGUCACCGCUGGGAAAAUUUUUACACUCUCAUUGGAUACAUAUACUGCGCUCAUCAACUGGUCGUACAAAGCUUUCGCAGUUAUGAGUAACAUGAAGAAAUAAAUAUGCACAAAUGCUUAAUAAUUGUUACCAACACAAUUACGUUGCACUGUUUAACAAUGAAUAAACGAGUUUACCCCAAUUAAUUUUAGAACAUAUUAAAAUUAU